AUGACGAUGGUGGACAAUGGGCUGAAGCUGGCGUACGCGCGCGGCGUUCGCCGCACCGGAUCCGCGUUUUUCACCGUUUCGCCUUCUGUUUAUGGGUUUAUACAUUAUUGAUGUUGUAGCCCAGUGGUUAGGGAAUUUGACUGAUGUUCGAGGAGUCCUUGGUUCGAGUCCUCUCGAAGUUUGGAAAGAAUUUUCUGCGGUGGUUAUUGUUUUUGCUUAUAGUUAUAUAUAUAGUGAGAACCUUAGUUAGGUAUGUUAAAAGUCUGGCUUAGUGGCUUAGGCGAAAAACUGACGCGAAAAGGGUCACUGGAUCGAAUCCUCUGGGAGUUAAAAAAUAGAAAUUUAUUAUUUCAACUCCAAAUCAACAGUUUUAUCAGAAAUAUGAAUUCUACAAAGCAUUUUUUGAUACAUUUCAAGCUUCUAACCUUCAAGAUAAUUUUUACCAUACCGUAGUCCGCUGGUUAAGGUAUUAACUGUCGCUAAAAUGGUCACAGGUUCGAGUCCUCUCAAGGAUAAAAACUUUUUGCCAAACUAUUUUGGACGACUGGAAGUUUUAUAAAGAGAGUUAUCGGAAUUUUUCUCUUUUUAUGAGAUAGCUCAGAGGCUAAGGGUCUUGUAUGUAGCCAAAAAGGUCACAGGUUCGAAUCUUCUUUAGAAAAAUUUUUUUUUUAACUUUUUUUUUUGGAAAAAAGUGAGAAAAAGGCAUGUUUCUAAUCGAAUUUUUCAGAUUCUUUUGUGAAAUUAGAGGCUUGAAAAUUAUCACUUUCCUUAAACAAAAUGCUCUAGAUAACGGUUGAAAUAAUAACAAGUUUCAAAGGUGCUAAUUAUUUUACAAAAACACUGGAAACCCUAGUUUUCGGAGCCGAUAAUUAAACGGGUAAAUUGACGUUUACCUUCCGCCUCUGAAACGUUUUGUCCUUGGCUUGGGGUACUCACUUUUUUUGAUUUUAUAUAGGGGUUAUGGAGAAUUUUACCAUUUGAGAAAUUCAGGAUGAUCCUGAAAGACUUGGAAACGGCGGACAAGGCGAUGAAAAAGGAGCCGGAAGAGACGCCGCCGUCUUCGGUUGACGCGUCUCCUUUGCAGGUACCUUUUUCGAAGUUGAAAAAUUUUUUUGGGGUACUUUAGAGAUAAUAAUAAUCGAAAAAAAGCAAGAAAAAACAAAGAAUGUUGUGCAAAAAUCAUGGGAACUUAUUCAAAAGCGUUGGUGUUUCGAAGUGAUCCCUUGAGGGGUCGUUCCGAACUCCCUCAGUGACUUCUUAAGGCAAAUCCUGAGAAAGCAAUGUACCCAUGGAAGAACAAAGCUUGAAAGCUCUGGUUUUUGAGGCACUCGUUAGUUCCUCAUAAAAAAAUCCCUCAAGUGAUCAUUUCCAACUCACUGAGUGACCUCUCAAGGGAUACCUUGAGGCCGAAGUUUGAAAAUUGGUGUUUCUUAGAAACCGCUUAAGAUGCCGGGACUACUCGAGUGAUAUAAAUGGAGAUCCCUUAAGCGGUCAUUUUUGAAUCCCUCAGUGACCUCUCAAGGGGUAUCUUGAGAGCCAUGGAAGGCCAAGUUUAAAAAUUGAUGCUCCACAGGGAUCGCUCAAGGUACCGUGACCAUUUAAGUGAAAUAUUUUUGAACAUGGGGAUAUAAAAAGUAACCCCUUGAGGGGUUGCUUCAAAUGCUGUCAAUUACCACUCAAGUGAUUAAUUUUCAAAUAGAGUUAUAUAAAAAGUGAUUCCUUGAGGGGUUCUUUCAAUUGCUCUCUAUUACCACUUAAGGGAUUUUUUCAACACAAAGAUAAUGAAGUUAGACCAAAGUUUGAAAAUUGAUCUUUUUCAUAGUUACCCCUUAAGAUAGCACUUAGAAUCCUUGAGGGAUUUUUUCAGUUGAAAAUACAGAACAAAAAAGGCUGAGUUUAAGAAGCAUAAGUUCUCAAAAGCUUCUUUUUUCGUUUGACAGCUUGCUUCGAACCAGAAAAUCGGGACAAUUUCUCCAGCUCGAGCUAAACCUCAACCAGUUCCAGGUGCACAUCCCGCCGCCGAUCCUGCCGCCGGGACUGCCGCCGCGAGUCUCGUCGGCGACUUCGGGCGCCCCGUCGCCGUACGGAUCGCCGCUGGGCGCUGCGUCGCUGCUGCCGCCGGCAGCACUCGCCGCUCAUCCGUCGCUGCAUCACCUCAACGGCGACUUGUCGCAACUCCAACCGGGAGCCUUGGAUUUCGCCGCGGCGAUCGCCGCCGCCGCCGGUCAUCAGAAUGGCCAGACCGCCAAUCUGGGUGGUGGAGGUCCGUUUUUUUGGUUUUGAUGGGGAUUCUAGUGGAGAGUGUGACUUUGUGAUACAAAUCUAAGAAAAUAUAAGUCACAAAAAGGCCCAAAAAAAGCGAUAUUGUGUGUAGUAAGCUUUCCAAUACGUAAGCGGUUUAUUUGAUCUGCACCCGACCCCGAGCGACUUCCGCCAGCUUGAAGUAGGCUAAAGUGCAAAUUUUGAGCUUCUGACUUGAACCACAGUGAGAGAGCAAGCCGUUGAGCCAUUCCAAAUGCUACCGACUUGAUCGAAAUCCUGCUGAAAUCACCGUACUUGAUUACAUACGUAAUUUCAAACCCCCCGUCGAAAUUUGGCUUGAUGAGAGGGGGUGUUUGAAAUUUUUUUCUUUUUUCAAAAAAAUUCAGAUCUUUAAGAUCAUUUUUAAAUAAAUAUGAGGCUUUCUUCAAGUUCGAGACAAAUUUUCAUUGAGAAGGACUGAAAAAUCCAGAAAAAAAAAACAAAAUUUUCAAUAUUCGGCUAAUACCUUUCACUUCACAGGUAAAUCUUCCGAGAAAAACAAAAUUCAGGAUAAAAACCUUGUUCCAAUGAUCUCUAGGCUCAAUCCCCGGAAAACAAAAAGUUUUGUAGCAAAGCGCGAGAUUUCCCGCCGCUCUUUACAAUUUUCUGUAGUCCCCGUUGAUUUUGUACCGAUGUUAUGCUGGCGUUGUACAAUUCUGAUAUAAUGUAGCGGAUCUUUUUCUGAGAACUUUACUGGGAGCAAAGAACCCAGGAAGUUGGAAAAAAGAUCAUUCUUGGCGUUCUGAUCUUCCAAUGAAGUUUACUGUAAUGGGAAAAUUUUUAGUGGCCACUAUAGAGGCUCGCCAAGGACUACUUGGAGAGGACACUAAAGUGGCGACUAAAUAGAGAACCUCUAUAGUGACCACAAUUUUCCGUUUUAGGGACCACUAUAGAGGUUCUAUAUUUAGCGGCCACUUCAGUAGUUUUUCAUCCAGCAUUCCUUCCAGUAUCUCUGAUAAUUUGAAAAAAAAAAAACAGAUUAGACCAGUUAUGUUGACCCAUUGACCCCUCAAGUGGCCACUAAAAUUUUUAGUAGUCUAGUAGUAACAUUUAGACCUCUAUAGUGGCCACUAAUUUUUAACCCCUUAAGUGGCCACUAGUUUGGCUACUACAGUGGCCAAUAAAACGUCAAAAACCCUAUAGUUGCCACUAAAAAUUUUUCCAGUAGAAAAAAAAAGAAAUAUAUAGAAUUUUUCGGCAGUUUUUUUGACUCAAUCUAGAUUUCAAGAAAAAUAAGUUCAUUUUUCGAAUAAAAUCGAAAAAAACGAGAGUGAGAAAAAAAGCAAUAAAAAAAACGUAAGUACUUGACGAACAGUUGGCCGCGGUGUCGCGUGUUUUUGAUUUUUACUCGCCUUGGGUUGUUUUUCCCAAAGAUUCUGGUUUUUCCGAGUUUCAAGUGUUUUUUUCUUGAGAUUAACUAUAAUUUUAAGCGAAGAACCCGAGUUUUAUUGCAAUUUUUGGUUUAUUUUGAAGCGCAUUUUGAGUUUUGAAUAAAAUAUUCCAAAAUAACUCAAAUCAGUUCGUCAGGUUUGAAAUUUCGAAACUUUUCUCUUUUCAAAUUUGGUUUUGAACUGUAGGCGCCACUAUAGGGGGCAUUCUGACGUUUUUAAAAAUUCCAGAAGGGUCCCUAUAGAGGUCAGGGGGAAAACAGCCCAUAUAGGGGCCAAAAGCUAAGUCUCUAAAGCCUAAGUGGUCCCUAUAGGGGUUAGGGGAAAAACAGCCCCUAUAGGGGACGAAAUAGUGCUCCCUAUAGGGGUAAAAACCAAAUGUUACUAUAGUUGUUCGAAGUCUUAUACAUAACCCCUGAAAGCCUAAGUAGUUCCUAUAGGGGUCUUUCAAUAUUUUUCAGACGCCUCUCUAGGGAUCACUCUGGCGUUCCUAAGAAUCUGUGCAAUGAUAGAUUUGACGUAAUUUGAUGAAAUUUCAAUCGUAGAUAAGAAAUGAUCGAGUGAUUUCUGAUCCCUCGGCAAUGGAGGUCAAAUCAGCCGUUGCGAUUGGACCCGAAAUCUAUCUUGACGUAUCCUUUUAUUGACUUUUUUCUUCGCCUUUUGUUUCUUUUUUGGAUAUUUAAUUAAUGAUUUGUAUUUGAAUGACAUUUAUAUCACCUCUAGAACCUCUGAUUUCUCUCCUCACUUUUUCGGAAAGAUUUAUUUUUUUUUAUCUUGCCGGUGAGAGAAAAGAGGGCCCAGACAGGUCAGAGCCCUGGCGAAACCUCGAAAAUCCAAAGUUUUGACGACCUCAUUUGUGUUAAGAAAAAGAGUCAUUCGAUAUCAGUGACGUCACUCAGGAAUCCUCGUCACAACGCAAACAAUAGAACGUUUUGCAGAGACUCUUUUAUUUAUUCUCAUUUUUCCUAUUUUUGUCAAUUUUGAUCAGUUUGAUUAAAUUGGAAAACAGUUGAAAAAUGAUCCUUUUAAGGCUUUUUUUGGAUCUUUUCGUGAAGGUUUUCAAAAAAUAGUGCUGGGAAUGAGCUGAAAGACAAUUUUUUGAUUUUUUGAUUUUUUUAAUAUUUUGAUUUUUUUUUAAAUUUUAAAUAGAUUGAGCGUAAUUCAGUCAAAGAAUCGUCGAAAAAUUUUUUUUUUUGACCUUUUUUGGACUUUUUGAGCAAUUUCUUCAUAAACAUGGUACUGGGGAUGAACUAAACGAUCAAAUUUUUAAUUUUUGGAUUUUACUCUUUUUUCCUUUUUUUUAUACGAGACUGAGCAUGAUUUAAUCAAAGAACCGUUGAAAAUAGUCUUUUAUACCUUUUUUUGAGUUUUUUGAGAAGUUUUUUCAAAAAUGUAGUGCCUGUGAUGAACUAAACGAUCAACUUUUUGUUUUUUUUUAAAUUUUAGUUUCCAUUUUUGGACGAAAUUGAACAUAAGUUAAUCAGAGAACCGUUGAAAAUAGUCUUUUUUACCUUUUUUCGAAUUUUUUUGAGCAAUUUUUUCAUAAACAUAGUACUGCUGAUGAACUAAACGAUCAACUUUUUGACUUUUGUUUUUUCUCAUUUUGCCGUUUUUUCGGCUUUAACGAUUAUAAAUGAUUAAUUGAUAGUUGAAAAAAACCAAUUUCCCGGAUUUUUUCGAAUUAUUUUGUCAUUUUUCAAAAAUACAGUGAUGCGAGUGAACUCGACCAUUUUUUUUUUGGUUUUUUUGAAAAAAGUAAUCCGAUUGAAUAGUAUUACGAUUUUGUGAAUCGGAAGUUUUUCUCUCACUUUUUUUCUUGUUCUGUUUUUAGUCUGAAACUUUGUUUUUUUUUUUUCAGAAAACUGAGGAAAUUAUUUUUUUCCAUAAUGAGCAAAACGAAGGCAAGAGAUCAAUGGGAAAAAAAUUACAUAAAAAAAUUUUUUUAAAUCAAAUAAAUUUGGUUCGAAAAAAAUACAGUAUAAAGUUGUAGUUAAAAUAAAUAUAUUUUUUUCAAUAAUUAUUCCAAUAUCUUUUGAAACUGUGAAUUAUUGAAUUUCAUUUCUUUUUUUCUCAAUAAAGAUAAGCUGCACGACCCAAUAAAGCUGGCCGAAAACUAUGUCGGAUCCAUUUUUUUCAUAUUUGAUUGAUGUCCAACGUCUUGUUUCUCUGUCCAUAUGAUAAGUGGAUCGAUUUUUGUUCAGCUUCUUAUUUAAUUUAUCUUUUUUUGGCUUCUGAAGGUGGGUUUUUUAACUAAUUUGGGUACCCCGAUGAACUGAAAAAGCUAGAAAUUGCGAAUUUCGAAAUCGAAACGGAGAUUUUUCUUGCUGAAAAUAAUAAAAAUUGAUUUGAAAAGACAGAAAAAGAGGUAAAAAAUCUAACAGUAGUAAUUUUUCUCUACAAGUUGUGUAUUUUUCGGAUUUUUUUUUUGAAUUUCCAUUGUUUUUCGACCCUUUUUUUUCUGUACAAACUUUAAAAUUGGCUUUCUACGAAAUUUGUGAACAUUUUCACCUUUAAAGUCGAUUUUGAAGCUUGCUCUAUCGUUUAUCAUUGAUAAAACAUUUUCAAAAGCAAUAAAUAGCCGGAAAUCCGAAAAAUAUAAACGUUAUCAGAACUUUUGACGCAAAUAAAUACAAUUUGAUCAAUCAGUUUUUGCAAAAAUUGAUGUGUGAGGUUCCCCAAUGGGGAAAGGUUCAGUGAUAACCACGAGAAAAAUCGAUUUUCCCGUGAGCGUUUCGACUUGUGACGCGGCGAAAAAGAAAAAGAGAGAAAAAAGAAAUGACGUCGUUUGGCGAUUGUUGCACCUUUCCGCCACGUUUUUGAGCUUUUUUUUUUUUAUUUUCAAUAAGGGUCGAUUGCAAAAAACGCUCACGAUUUUUUUUUUAAUUUUUUUCAGCUUUUAAAAUGAAUUUAAGAGAAAAAAGGCUCUAUUGAGGUUUCAGAAAAAAAUCAUAGUUGUUGAUUAGGAAAAAGCUGAAUUUUGGGACUUUUUUAAGGUUAAUUUAGGAUCGAAAAUUUCAUUAAAUAAAUAAUUUCUAUACUUCUAUAAUUUUUUUCAAUGGGUCGAUUGCAAAAAAACGCUCAUUGACUUUAUUUUUUUGAAUUUUUUUAGCUUUUUCAGAUGAAUUUAAGAGAAAAAAAGAGGUUCUACUGGGGUCUCAGUGAACUUAUAAUUGUUAAUUUGGAAAUGCUAAAUUUUUAGUUUUUCUGGUUGAUUUAGGAUCGGAAAUUUCAUUAAAUAAAUAGUUUCUAUAUUUUUUCAGUGGAUCGGUUGCAAAAAAACGCUCACUGAUUGUACGGAAAUUUUUGAAAUGCUGUUGAUUUUGAGCUUUUGGUUGCUUUUAAAAAUAGAAAAUCUGAUUAAAUAGGUCUCUGUAAAGAUUACUAAUGCUUCUGCAGGAAAAAAAUUCCACUUUCGACUAGAAAAGGUUAAGUUUUAGACUCUUCUUCUGUUAGUUUUCAUAUAUUUUUGUCGAUUUUUGGAUCGAAAUAUUCAUUUUUUCUGAAGGUUUUCUAUGAUUUCUAGAAGUUUUUCAAACCUACAGAAGCCUCCCUAACGAAUUUAGUAAUAUAAGAAAUUUCGAAACGCCUAAAAUAUCCAGAAAGAAGACUUGGAGGUUUUGAAAAAUGCUGAAAACUUGAGAAAAUGAAAUUACGCAGUAGUUUCAAAAGGUCUUGGAGAAAAAAAAAAUCUGACCCAAAAUACUGAAAAAUAUUUUUUUAAAUCAAAUUUUUGACUUUUCUAGGGAGAUUUUGAUCUAAAACCAAGGUAUUUUUCUGUCUUUUUCAAUUUUCAACUUUUUUUGUUCCUCUCUUGGCUUUUUAAAUCUUUCUAAAUAGCUUUUUUUCAGAAUUUUUCUGACCGAGAAAAUAUUUUAAAAAAAACGGAAAGUUUUUUCGAUUUUUUUGAUCAUGAUUUUUAACGGAUUUUUUUCGCUUUUUUUCAAAGUUUUAACUUUUUUUCUUGUAUUUGCACUGAGUUUUUAUCUUUCCAAUAGCCUUUUUUGUAAAUUUUUGAGCCUUCUGACCUCUAUGAGCUUUUUUUUCGACUCAAUAGAGACCGAUUGCAAACACUCGCUCACUCCUACGCUCACUGAUCGAAUUGCGCGAAAAAAAUCUUUCCGCGUGUGUGUGUCUUUUUGACUGACUUUCGGGGUCCCGUCACUGAAACGCUUCGUUAUCAGUGAUUCUAUCAGUGUUGCCGCGAAAUUCGGCCCGAAACACUUUUUUUCCCGUACAUUUUGUAUCUUUUUUCGCCGUUCCGCUAUCUUUUUGUAGAGUUUGUCGGUUUUCUUUAUCAUUUGUCGAUUAUUUUGAAUUUUUUUUUCGCUUGUUUUUGAAGGAGCAUGAUACAUUUUAAAGUAAAAGGUCUCGAGGCGAAGAGCCUUGCAAGAUAUCUGCGUCUUCGAAAAAUCCUGGACAGGGUUUUUUUCGUAUAAUUUUUUUGGACAAAUUUUUUUCCUGUCGUUUGAAAUUUUUUUGUUUCUAGGUAUUAAUAUAAUAGAAUAAAUAUCUGUACAAUUUUAAGAUUGAAAAAUGUUUGUAAUUUUUUUCUCGGUCUUUUAAAAUCAUGCCUUGAUUUUUUUGGACCUUAUUUCAAUAACUUUGUGGUAUUUCAAUUGGAUUUAUUUGCAAUUGGUAAGGUGUUUUUGAAAAAAAGCUUCAAAUUUUGCUGAUUGCUCUGAUUUUUCUUCGAGAAAAAUUUAUUUAUUUUUUUAUUUUUUUAUUCGAGAAAAUUCAAAAAAAUUUAAUUCUCAGUGGUUUUUGAAUGAAAGGUCUUUUUUUCUGAUUCGUCUUGACUUUUUUUCUGUAAUUAAAACUUUUUUUUGAAGAAAAUUUUUAGCCUGAGUUUCUUAGGAACACCAGAGUGGUCCCUACAGGGGUUAGGGGGACAAUAGCCUCUAGAGACGACGAUGGAGUGGUCCCUUUAGGGUAAAAUUCGACGGGCCUCUAUAGGGGUUAGAAGUAGAAUGAAAAAUAACGUUAAACGACAAAAGCUCCCCUGAAGGGGUCACUAACCAAAGCCUUUACAGGGGCAACUUUGCAAGCUUUGUUUUAAGGGUACCUCCAAGGGUCCCUAAUAUCGCCCCUAUAGGAACUAUCCAACGUACCUAAAUAAGAUGAUUUUUCAAGUGAGAAGCUCUAAGUUAGCCAUUCCAAAUGCGGUAUUUGUGUCCACGGUGUAUUCCUAUUUUAAUUGCGAAAAAGUUUCAAAGUAGAUUCUUUUGUCUUAUUGCGAUUGUGAUCUAUUUCCUAUUCCAAAUUCAUCUUUUUAUGUCCAAAAUCGAACAUCGAUCAGUACCGAAUUUCAGUCUCGACGCCGAGCGGCGCGGGACCGUCGAACGUGACGCAAGGACUUCAGAUGAACGACGGCGGCGUGUCGUCGGCGGCCGCCGCCCACGUACUCAAGCCGUUGAUGGACCCGACGGCGUUUGUCUCCGGUGAGCCGCAAAGUCAGUCUUGUGUCGAUGUUCUCCCUACAAGGAAGGUCAUUUCACUUGGGAAUUCCCUGAAAUCCGUCCAGAACACUUCUUGAUGUACCAGGUGAAGGUCCUGAAAGUCUGAACCUUCAAAAUUUCCUAGUUUUUGGAUCAGGAUAUUUUGAGAGUACAUGGAGACCUUCUGAAGCCUGUGUUUUUUUUUUUUUGCGAAAUCUAGUCAUUUUGAAACGAUAAGUCGUCAUUACUGGAAAACCUGGAUUUUGAAAUUUCCCGGAUUUUAAAUUGGUACAUUGAAAAGUGGCCGAUUUUCAGGCAAAGUAGAAUGAUCUUCCUGUUAUAGUCAAUUUUGCCGAUUUGAAAGGCGAGAUGGGGUAAAUUGGCAAGCGUGAAGCGUUGCGUAUGCGGCGCGGUUUUCGGAGGGAAAACUCGAGAUUUGAAAUUAUCGAGGAAGAAAUAGAGCAGAAGUUUUCAUUCGAUCAAGUGGAUUCAAGAAGUAUAAACGUGUAGUUGAUCAAGUGGAUUCAGGAAGUCCAGACAUGUAGUUGAUCAAGUGGAUUCAGGAAGUCUAACGUGUAGUUGAUCAAGUUGAAUCCAGAAGUCUAACGUGUAGUUGAUCAUGUUGAAUCAAGGAGUCUAUGCGUGUAGAUGAUCAAAUAGAUUCAAGGAGUCUAGAAGUGUAGUUGAUCAAAUCGAACCAAGAAGUCAAGACCUGUAGUUGAUCAAAUGGAUUCAAGAAGUCCAGACUUGUAGUUGGUCAUUAUCAAAGCAUGGUCUUACGGCCCUUUGCCUCGUUCUUUUGCCCGUAGUCCAUCCAGUUGCGCCCUGACGAGUUCAGAAGGUAGCUGAACACCUAGCCGUACCCCAGACAGUGUUCUUGGCGAAAGUCUCGCAAUGAGAGCAGCCACUUUGAAUGAAGUUUCUUGUUUCUUACCAAAAAGGUGCUUUGCUUACGCAAAAAAUCGCCCCUACCAUGCCGCCAUUAUCGCCUUUCUAUUCGGAAAAACUGACUUCAGAUGACUUGAUUUAAAUGGUUAAGAUUCAGACUUUACAGACUGGCACUCGCCGCUGCUCUCCGGCUACAGCAGCAGUCCCUCGCCGACGAUGCCCGGCAUGGGCGGCGGUCGGAUGGGACUCAUGCCCGGGGAGGACGAUUCGAAUCGGAAACGACAGGUCCGACUUCUCAAGAACCGCGAGGCCGCCAAGGAGUGCCGGCGGAAGAAGAAGGUAACCAGAAACUGAAAACUAUUUAUGAAGGAGGAUAUCUCUAAACCUAGACGUUUGCACAGACUUAGGAGUGGUCCCUCCAGGGGCAAUCUUGAGGACCCUUAAGGGACCACUUCCACUGCUAGAAAGCUAGCCAAAGUGAUCUCUAUAGGGGAGCAUGAUAGUAGUUUAUUGACAUGAACUUGAUGAGAAGAACCCGUAUGGACCCCUUGAGGGACCCCUAUAGGGGCCACUUAGGCGCUUCUAGGACAGCGACUGUAGGGUUCGAUACGAUGUCCAUUGAUCAAAUUUGCUGAAAAUCCAGGAAGUUCUUUCUUGACCCCUAUAGGGACCACUCUGGCGCUUCUAGAACAGCGACUAUGGGGUUCGAUAGGUGCCUAGGAACCCUUGAUAAGAAAAUCCCCUUUUUUGUCAGAUUUAUUUUCCCAUCUAACUUGACUCUUCUCUCUUCAAUGCUGUGUCGAUUUUACUAUUUUCUAACCCAAUAAAUGGUUCCAGGAAUACGUCAAAUGCCUGGAAAACCGAGUCGCGGUGCUGGAAAACCAGAACAAGGCGCUCAUCGAGGAGCUCAAAACUUUAAAAGAACUCUACUGUCGGAAGGAGAAGAACGAGAUGUGAUCCUCCGACGAGAAGAUGAAGCUUCUCUGUACAAUUUGUUCAAAAAAAAAAAAUAUCUUAAUGUUUGAAAAAUCAAUAUGUAAUUUCUCAGCACCCGUCCGUCUUCCUCAAAAUUUUUCUUUAUUUUACUUAGGCAAAAUCAAUGAUCACCUCAAAAAUAUGAAUUUUUCGAAUUUUUUUCUAUGAUUUUGCUGUCCCCCACCCUGUGACAACAUUGCGGAGUUAUUUUUGAAAUGUUUUUUGGGCUAGAAGUGAUUUUUUCACUGGCCCCACUUGCAAUGUUUUUUCCGUCGUUUUGGACCUUUUUUUCUUGCUGGGAUAAGAUUAAGUGAAAUAGGCAAUGCCAAGGGUCGCAAGUCGGUUUAGGUCGGGCGCAAUUCGAAAAAUCCGCUAGGCGUUGAGCCAUUCCAUGUGCGACCUUUUUGAAUGAAAAAUAGGUUAUUUUGGCUCUUUGAAAGCAUUUUGAGCUUUGAGAAACCAUGCUUAGGAACUUUCUAAGUGGUCCCUAUAGGGGCAACCUUAGGAGCUGUUGGAGGGUCACCUCUAGGGAUCACUUUGCCAACUCCCAUAGGGGCCACUAAAGCUUGCAAAAGUGGGGACCACUUUUUUCGGGGCUUUUCCCCCCUAACCCCUACAGGGACCACUCUAAAUUUCCUAAGUAGAAAUCGAAAAAAAAUGUAGAGGAACUCUCAUUGGCCUCAAAUAUUCGAACUCCCUCUUGAGAAGCCCCUAAAGGGUUCUUUAGCUUUUAAGGGACCUCUCAAACUUCAAAAACCCUCAAGUGACCAUUUCAUGAUCUUAUCCCAGCGUCCUCAAACCAUAUCAGUUCCUUAUCAAAGGGUCCAAAUAAUUCAAAAAACAAAAAUCUCCUCGAUUGUAUUGAUUCGAUCCCCCAAACAGUUCAGAAUAGACUUUCUUCUUUUUCCUUGUUCUCAUUUUGUUGUUUUCUUCCAAAUCUCAUUUUUUUUCCGUAUUUUUCGUCUGAUUGUGAUCGAUUCUAUGGUAUAUAUAUAUAUAUUUUGUUGUUUUUUUCAGGUUUUUUUAGAACUUUAUCCUCGAAUAGUUUCCAAUUUCUUCCUUCUCCUGAGUUUUUGCUCCGUUUUUUGUUCAAAGUUAUUUAUCGAUUUUAUUUUUUCGCGUCGUCUUGAAGACCAAUUUCAUCGCCGACUUUGUAUCGUUUUGCCAUAUUUUUGUGUGUUUCUUGAAAGAAAAAGUGAAAGAAGAAAUAAUACAAGUCCAAUAAAAAGAUUGCAUAUCACGUUGUUCCCAAUCAUUUCAAGAAGUUUUGUCGUCCCGAAAUGGCUGGUCUACUUUGUUUUGUGACGAUUUUCUCAUCAAAGUGUACUUUUUCAGAAGCCCCGCUCGUUUUCAAAGAUGAACAACUCAAAAAAAGAGUGCCAGCGCUUGCAAAAAGUAUCAGAUUUUCGAGGAUUUUUUUGAAAAAAAUAAUUUUUUAAGCGAGUUGGACUCGAUCAAAAUGCGAAUUUACCCACAAGAGUGCUCCGUUGAGAAAAAGGCCAAAACUGUUUUUAAGGUUUUUUUUUUUGAUUUUUCCACUUUUUCAACAGUUCUCACUAGAGGAGGCUGAGUAAAAUCACUGAAAAUCAACUAAAAAAGUCGUUCCGAAAUGAAAACUCGAUUUUUUGAAUAAAAAAAGAAAUUUGGCCUCUAUUAUCAAAAUUUUGACUCAAAACUUAUUUACAAUUUUUUUAUCAUUAGAGCGCAUUAGAAUCGUAAAAUGAGCCUUUCAAAGUCAAAAAAAGUUGUCAGUCUUACAAAAAGUCGCACCCCUAAAGAGGCCGGUUUCGCGAGCUCUAGUAGCCCCUAUAGGGAAACGUUCAAGGGCCUAGGAGAUCGCCCCUAUAGGGACCACUCUGGCGUUUCUAAGGUCUGACCGAGGACCAAUUGAGCUAAAGGGACUAAGAAGCUAAAACCUAAAACCCUAUGAAGUCAACUUAAAUUUCACCCCUAUAGGGACCGCUUUCCCUUCCCCCAUAAGGGUUGCAUUUUCCCUAACCCCUAUAGGGACCACUCUUGCGUUCCUUUUUUCUCUGACCCCUAUAGGGACCGCUCUGGUGUUCCUAAGGUCAGACCGAGGACCAUUUAAGCUUCAGGGACUAAAAGGUCAGAACCUAAACCCCUGUAGGGAUAACUUUAAUUUUCCCCCUAUAGGGACCGCUUCUUCAUCUCCCAUAGGAGUUGUUUUCCCCCUGACCUCUAUAGGGACCACUCUGGCGUUCCUAAGGUCUGACCGAGGAUCAAUUGAGCUUAAGGACUAAGACGUCGGAACCGAAACCAUUAUAGGGGUUUCAUUCCCCCUAACCCCUAUAGGGGCCACUCUCGAUCUACCAAGUCUAUUUUAUCAUUAGAGCGCAUUUGCGCUUCUGAAAAUGUCAUUUUUCUGAGAGAUUUUUUGAAAUUUUUGAAAUUUCCAGCACCGUGUUCACAAUGACAGUCCGAUAGAUGUGGCUUGUCGGGUGAGGAUUAUUUUAAAUCGGUUUUUUUUCGAAUUUCAAUUUUUGAGAUAAGGAAAACGUUUGAAAAUUUUCAUUUUUCAUGGGAGGAAAAUAUUAUAAGCUGAAAAAUGACUUUAAAAUUGAAUUUUUGGGAUUUUUUUAGAGACUCGUAGCUGGGGAAUAAAUUAGAAAAAAACUUAAUUUUUUUAAAUCUAUUUUUUUAUUUUUUUCGUGGUGUAAGCUUUCAGAUUUCCGCCACCUCGCCUGAAGUAUUCGUAUCGGAUCGCAAGGGAUUUUUCGUCAAAGCUGGUGGUUUCCAAGAUUUUCAGGUCAUUUUUUUGUUGUACGCAUAAUGGGUAUCACUGUAACGUCUGCGAUUUUGAGCUAUUCGGAAAAAAUUGUCCGAAGAAAAUUAUGGAGUCCCUUAGAACUUUUAAAAACACUUAGGAAACCGAUACCAGAAAGGUCCCUACAGGGCCAACCUUAGGGCCCUUGAAGGCUUCACUCUAGGGACCACUUUACAUACGUCUAUAGGGGACAAUAAAAUUGUAAAAGUGGCCACUUCAGGGGUUUUUAUCUAGUAGCCUCUAUAAGGACAAAUUUAUUGUUUAUUUCAAUUUUUUUCUCUUUGAGAAAAAUUUGGCGCAUCAGCUCUUUUUGAAUGAAAAACUAUUAACAGCGGAAUAAAAAAACGUCUUUUCAAUCUCCAAAUCUGAACAAAAUAAUUGAAAGAGCUCUAUAGGGACCACUUGAGCUAGAGAGCCUUAGGAGGUCUGACCCUAAACCCCUAAAGGGACUACUUAACACUGGGCUUUCUGGAGAGCUUUAUUUAGCUCCCACAGCUGCUGUUUUUUCUUCUGACCACUAUAGGGACCACUGGAGUUUCUAAGAUGUUUGGAAUCUGCUCAGAAAGCCUUACGUGGGAAAAAGAAAUUGGAUUUUUAAAAUUUUUUCUGUUGUCUAGUAGUGUUCUAUUGAAUUUUUUUCUGAAGUUUUUAAUUUUUUUGAAGAUUUCUUUUUUUACCGGUUUGAGGUCCAAACUUUGGCUCUUCGACUAACAAUUUAUGAAUAUAUGAACAAUUUACUAACAAUUUAUGAAGCCCAAAGAAGGAAAAAAAUCAACGAUUUUUAAAAAGAAAAAAAAUUUUUUUCUAGAUAAAAAAAAAUUUUUUUAAUUUCUUAAUGAAAAUGCUCUAAAAUAUCGUUAUGUGUGUUUUAAAAAAAGUUUGGAGUCGAUCCGUCAAUUAGGAAAAAAGUUAGAAAAUUUCACUAAAAGUCCUACCGUAACCCAGUGAGGGGCGGAGCCUCACAGUAACUAGCCUGAAAGUUUACAAAUUAUGUCUAGUAACUGAGAUAAUAAUUUUAAGUCUCAAAGCAAAACUUGAAAUUCUUGUACCAAAGGUACAUCGAGAACGUGUGUUAAAAUCCAAGACUUUAAUUCCUGAAAAUACAUUCGUUACUGGCUACUCAACUUAAGAUGGCCAACUGGAUGUCGGCUCUGCCCGAAUCGCGAAAAAAAGCACCUUUCUCCACCUUGAAAAUACCUGGCUCCCACAAUUCCGGAGCCUACGACCUACGUGAUGACCUACCCAUGGCCAAUGAUCAGAAUUUCAACGUGACUGUCCGUCAGAUGGGCACUUCGAGAUUCGUCCGGAAAUUUGUGAAGAAAUGGUCGGAGACGCAAAUUUUCGAUGUCUAUGAGCAACUGGAAGCUGGAGUGAGGUAUCUGGAUAUCCGACUGGAGUUGAUGAUCGACGAGAACGGCUGGAUGGAACUGAUGCUCGUCCAUGGCCUGUACGGCCCCUCGGCGAUGAGUUUCUUCGAGAAAAUCCGAACUUUUCUGGAUUCCCAUCCACAAGAGGUCGUCGUCCUCGACAUCAACCACGUCUACACCAUGACUUCUUUGGGCUUCAUCCAAUUCGUCGUCCAAACGCUACUCGUCAUCUUCCCUCCCGAAAUCAUCUGCCCGACUCAAUACGACUUCGGCAAAACCUCGCUUCAGGUGUGUUUAUUGAAUCUUCAGCCGUUUUCAAAGUGAUUUUGGAAAAUAACUCGGGCCUCGGUAACCGGACGUUUUUGCCGUUCUAGGGAUCACUUAAGAGUUUUGACGACGCUAAAGUGGUCACUAGAAAUUUUGAAACGUCCGGUUUGCGUUACCGAGGUAUCUGCGGACGAUUCUGAGCCGUUCUAGGGAUCACUUGAGAGUUCUGACGACGCUAAAGUGAUCACUAUAAGCUCAGAAACGUCUUGUUUGUGUUACCAAGGUAGCUGCGGACUUUUCUGAGCAUUUCUAGGAAUCACUUAAAGUACUGACGACGCUAAAGUGGUCACUAGGAAGGAUCAGAACCGUUCGGCUUGUCUCACUGAGGACACCGCCGAAACUUUUGAACGAUUAUAGGAUCACUUAAGAGUUCUGACACCGCUAAAGUGGCCCCUAGAAUCCCUCAGAAAGGUUCGGCUUGUCUCACCGAGUUCACCACGGAAGCUUUGAGCGACUCUAGGGAUCACUUAAGGGUUCUGACGCCUCUGAAGGGAUCAGUAGAGGUUUAGAAACGUCCGGUUUGACAUACCAAGAUAACUGCGGACUUUUCUGAGCGAUUCUAGUGACCUCUUAAGGGACGUCAGAGCUCUUAAAAGGUGUGAGUUGCUCGGAUCUUCUGAGCACUUCUAGGGAUCACUUAAGUGUGCUGAGACCGCUAAAGUAGCCAAUAGAAAUGUUUGGGAACCUCCCGUUUGCGUUACCAAGGGGCCUUUUUGAGCGAUUCGAGCGACCACUUAAGUGUUCUGACUCCACUAAAGUGAUCACAAGAAUAUCUCAGAAAGCUCCGGCUUGUCUUACCGAGGUCGCCGUGGUGUCUCUGAGCACUUCUAGGGAUCACUUGAGGUUUGGACGUCACUAAAGUGGUCACUAGAAGCUCAGAAACUUUCGGUUUGGGUUACGGAGGUCGCCACAAACCUUUCUGAACUCUUCUUGGGAUCACUUGAGGGAUGACGCCGCUUAAGUUGUCACUAGAAGCUGAGAAACGUCCCAUUUGGUUACCAAGGUCGCCUCCGACGUUUUAGAGCACAGUAUAAAUGAAGUUUUUCUGCACAAUCGCACCCUCUCGAGAUCAAGAAAAUAAUAUACUUCAGGACAUCGUUUCGAAAGGAUAUCGAUUGAUUAUCGUCGGACCUUAUCAAGAACCGAUGGAGAAUGUCAUCCACGAAACGUUGAUCAUCCACAAUCCGUGGCCUGACAAGAAUCGCAUCGAUGAAUUAGUCGCCGCCCUGAGACUGGAGCUUCUGCAGCCGAAACCCGAGAAGAUCCACGUCCUUCAAGGCGUCAUCACUCCCCGGCCUGCAGAUAUCACCAGAAAUAUGUUCUCCUCCCUGAGGGAAGUCUUCUCGGAGAAAGCGACGGUUGCCACCCUCGACAUGAUCGCCAGGGAUCUGAGCCAGGAGGAGAGGAAGAAGAUCAACGUCGUUCUUCUUGAUCAAGUCAACCAUCAAGUCGCCUGGAGCAUCGUCAGACUCAAUUGGGAAUAAUAAACUUUUGGACUUUUUUCCGGGUUUCGAGCCUUUCAAUCUUUUUAUGGACAAAACCUUGAUGAAAAUUUUUUUUAGUAGUGCUUUAAAGAAAUCAUAAUGAACCGAACUAGUCGCACAGUGGAGGAAAAAUACAUGAGGAGCUUAGGAUCGCCUUUGUGGUCUCUAGAGGGGCGCUUGAAGGCUCCCCUUAGAGACAACUUGACCUCAACCUUUAGGGGGUACUAAAUCUUGUAAAAGUGGCCACUCUAGGGAAGUUGCUAGUCAUUUAUUGGUAUGAACACAGUGAGAAGAAUCACUUUAGAGGGCAGGGGGCGCUAAAGCUUUCAGAAGUGGCCACUCUAGGGGUGCAUGCCAGGCGUUUAUUGUAGUGAACACUAUGAGAAGAAUCACUUCAGGAGGCUUGGGGAGCACUAAAAAUUUCAAAAGUGGCCCCUAUAGGGGAACAUGCUAGUCGUUUAUUGUUAUGAACUCUAUGAGAAAAAGCAUUUCCAUGUGAAAAACUCAAUAAAUUAGCGUUUUUUGAAAGAAAAAUGAUCAAUUUUUAUUGAGCGAUGUUGAAAUCCGAAAAAAAAUAAAAAACCCCUUUAGGGACCACUUAAGCUUCAAUAGGGCUAGAAGUCAGAACUUGAAUCUCUAAAGAGAGCUACUAAGUCUGAGCCCUCUAGGGAGCACUAUUUUGUCCCCCAUAGGGGCUGAUUUUUCCUCCAACCCCUAUAGGGGCCGCUCUGGGGUUCUUAAAAACGAGUUUGGGGUUUCUACUGUAAAUUUCCAUGAGAAGGGAAGGGUCGAAAAAAGGCUUAAAAUAGAUAAACGUGGUAUAAGAGUUUUUUGAAACUCGAGCAUUUUUGAAUUGGAGUUUGAAUUUUCCGUGGAUUUUCUGGGACAUUCUUCGAUCUUGAUGGACUAAUUCUCAUAUUGAAAAUAUUUUUUGACGAUCCGAAAUUGAAAGAAUGAAGAUUGCAGAUAACUCGGCUAGAAUCUGCGCCACGAUCCCAUCGGAUAACCGUUCAAGUUCUGCCGAAAAGUGCCAAAACUCCCUACAAGUGCUUCUGUGAGGGUCUCCCGCCUCGUCGGUUCAACAUUAGGUUUCUUUUUUCCCCCUUAUUAUGAAAUUUUUCGGGAAAGGACUGCUCAAACCUUGAGUCUCAAAAAAUCGAAAAGAACUGAGUAAUUUUAAAAGUUUGAGCUCUUUUUUUUUGGAAAGCUGAAGAGUCGGGCAGGUCAGAAGUUUCAGGAUCUUCAUCUGGUACCGAAAGAAGUUUCCGGUUUCCCUAGGGUAUGGUCUCCCCUGAACAUCGAGUUAAGAAUUGAGACUAUGUGGGUUUGAUAGCCCUGGGUUAGAGGUCUCGGAAUCAAAAAUAGAAUUCUGCUAAACCCUUCAGGCAACCGAGAAAAAGCUCGUCGAAAUUUUCCCAGCGCGUAUAUGGCCGCGCUCGGAGCCUUCGGCUAGCAACUGGCGGCGUGGUAUAGUGGUAGUGGUCUCCCGCAGCUUGUCAAUAUUGUGACCAGGGUUCGAAUCCGUUUGGCAGAUUUCAUUUUUGCCGGCUUAUAACUUCAUCAUUUUCACAUUUUUAAGAAAAAUUUUUCAAAUAAUUACACUAAAAAAAUUUAUGAAAAUGACUAUAAAAAAAUAUAAUGAUUGCUAAAAACUCUUUCUUAAAAAAAAUUUUUUUUAGGUGUACAAGGCUAAUGUCAACUACCUGAACAAAAAUCGUCAUAUUUUUUUAAAUUUGCAGAAAAAAAUUCACCUCCUGAAUUUUUUUAAUAUCGAAUUUUUUUUGUUUCCAUCAGAAUUUGUACAUUAAAAAAAGUAGAAAAAAAAUACUUUUUAGCAAUCAUUAUAUUUUUUUAUUUCCAUAAAUCUUUAGUGUAAUUAUUUGAAAAGUUUCUUAAAAAAAUAUGAAAAUGAUGAAGUUAUAAGUCGGCAAAAAUGAUAUCCGCCAAAAAGGAUUCGAACCCUGGUCACAAUAUUGAGAAGCUUCGAGAGACCACUACACUACGCCGCCAGUUGCUAGCCGAGCGCGGGUAUAUACGCGCUGGGAAAAUUUCGACGAGCUUUUCCUCGACUGCCUGAGUGGUUUAGCAGAAUUUUAUUUUUGAUUCCGAGACCUCUUAUCCAGGCCCAUCCACCCACAAAGUCUCAAUUCGCGACUCGAUGUUCAGGGGAGACCAUACCCUAGUCUGAAAAUUCUCAACUACUCGUCAAAAAAAAAGUUAUUGAAAUCAGACUCACUCGUAAUAAGACGAACGAGUUAUGAUGUGCUCUACCUUGACGAAAUCGGGUCUUUUUUUUUGUCCCGAUCACACCUCCCGAUCAGAUCACAUCAAUGUUCACUUUCCUAAUUUUUUCUUUUUUUUUUGGCCGUUCACCUCAUUUUUCAAAGUUUCUCCCAUUUCUUUAAUUUAAAAUUUUGCGCCUAGACUCUAGUUUUCAAGCCCUUUUCAACCAAAAAAAGACUGGGCUUUUUUUGAAGAACGAUUUCAUUUUUUUAUUCACUUUUUUUCAAAAAUAUAAGUUAUAAUUUUUUUCUUGAUUUCUGGAGAUCGCAAUGAAAAAUUUUCAUUACAUGAAAUUUCUCUUAUUCAUUCAAGGCUGGUUUUUAUAAAGCAGUCGAUUUCUCAAAAAAAAAAACUGUUGUUCGAGGUUUUUAAUUCCUAAUUUACUAUAAAAGGUAUUGUCGAAAUUCUUUCUUCAAUUUCAUAAGAUUGCAGAAUUUUCCAGAUAUCAUGGUCCCCGGCCUGGCGAAGAAGCUCUCCGGAGGUCGAUGAAGCCCAGAAAUUUGGGCGAAUAUCCGAAACUUCAAGGGACAAAUAUCUCUUCGCGUCUUGCCCCCGACGCUAAAAAUCAGGUAUUUUUUCUUAAAUUAUGGAUAUAGUCCAUUCGCCGCAACCUGAAACUUUCUGCCCGUCUGCGUCUCUUUGUUCUCUCAACUGCAAGGUCAGAGAAACAUGAACAUAGCACGUCAAUAGGAGAGGGACGUCGAGAGAUAAGGAGGGCGCAGAGAAACGCAGAAGGAGUUUUUCUAUAUGUAUAGUUUGCUGAAAAAAUUCGUAAAUCUUGAAUAAUAUUGGGCUCUUCGUCUUGAGACCUUCAGGAAAAAAAUGACGAUGCGCCUUUAAUAAAAAAUUUCGAGCUAGGCUUUUUUUUCAUAAAACGUUCUUCGAAUGGCGUUGUUGCGGAGCGGUUUUUGACGGGAAAUAAAAAUUUAAAUGCGCGAUUUUUGAAUUUUUGUUUUUCUGGUUUUUAGUCAUGGUAUUGGAGCUCGAGUUGAAUGCUUUAGACCAUGAAAAAUGCACCUUUUUCAGACUUUCUCACGCUUUGAAUUUUUUUUUUCCCGCCAAAAAUCCGAAGUUCUUCAAGUUACUACUGGGUUUCAUUGGAUUUCCAUUUCAAAAAAUUAUUUUUUGGGGAAAAAAAAACUAACUUUUUCCCGAUUUAAGAUGACUUUCAAUCAAUUAUCAACGCUGGAAAUGGCAUUCUCAUUGGGAAUGGAAUCUUCGAGUGCGGAGAUACAUAAAUAA